GUUGACGUCACGUGUCCGCCGGAAGUCUGGGGACGCGCCCUCGAGGCGCCGGCCAGGGCGCUGCUGGUUGUUGGCAGAUCCCGGCGCCAGAUCCAGCCUCCUAGGGGAACCAUGUCUCCUGUAACUUUGGGUGCCGCUCGUUGCGCCAGGCACACGCCGCUGCGCAAGAGGAGAUGCCGUUUGAGUUCUCCGUGAAUGUUCGGAGGAGAAAUGCCAGAGCUGCCGGCUGAAGGCUAUCCAGACAAAAGAAAUAAUGUAGGCUGGGGACCCCGAAUCACCUCCCCCAGGAUGGACUUUCUGGUUCUCUUCUUACUCUAUCUGGCGUUGGUGCUGCUUGGUUUUGUGAUGAUCUGCAUAGGCUCGAAAACCCAUUACUUGCAAGGCCUGACCAGCAGAGGAGCACAGAUAUUUUCAUAUAUAAUUCCAGAAUGUCUUCAGAGAGUCAUGCUAAGAGUGCUUCAUUACCUCUUCCAUACAAGAAACAACACCUUCGUUAUCCUGCAUCUCAUCUUGCAAGGGAUGGUUUAUACCGAAUACACCUGGGAAAUAUUUGGCCUCUGUCAACAGCUGGAGUUCUCUUUAUAUUACCUUUUUCUGCCUUAUCUGCUGCUGAUUGUAAACCUGGUUUUUUUCGCCCUAACUUGUGUAACCAACCCUGGUACUAUAACAAAAGCAAACGAAUUACUGUUCCUUCCAGUUUAUGAAUUUGAUGAAGUGAUGUUCCCAAAGAACGUGAGGUGCCCUACUUGUGAUUUAAGGAAACCAGCGCGGUCCAAGCACUGCAGUGUGUGUAACCGGUGUGUGCACCGGUUUGACCAUCACUGCGUGUGGGUGAACAACUGCAUCGGGGCCUGGAACACCCGGUACUUCCUCUGCUACCUCUGGACGCUGACGGCCUCGGCCGCCACCAUGGCCGUGGUGAGCACCGUGUUCCUGGUCCGCCUGGCGGUGAUGUCAGACGUGUACCUGCAGACUUACGUCGAUGACCUCGGCCACUUGCAGGUUGUUGACACUGUCUUUCUUGUUCAGGUAACUGCUGCUCAGGUGACUGCGUUGCGGGCUGUUUGCGGAACAGCCCCUGCAAUCAAGUACCUGUUCCUGACCUUCCCAAGGAUCGUCUUCCUGGUGGGCUUCGUCAUGGUGCUGAGCUUCCUCCUGGGGGGCUACCUGUGCUUCUGUCUGUACCUGGCUGCCACCAACCAGACCACUAACGAGUGGUACAAAGGCGACCGGGCCUGGUGCCAGCAGUGUCCCCACGUGGCCAGGCCCCCAGCAGUGGAGCCCCGGGCCUACCGGAACAUCCACUCCCGUGGGCUCUGGGGCAACCUUCGAGAGAUCUUUCUGCCUGCUACUGCGCGUUAUGAGAGAAAGAAGAAAUAGGGAUGGGAGGAGUGUUACUGCCUUUUAAAUAUAGUAUACAUUUAUUUAUACAUAUGGAUAUGUUCUAA